AUGUAUGACAUGCUAAAACCUGAAGGAGGAUGUUUUUUAGUACUUUUGGCAAGACACUACGCCACAGACACAAUUUUUCAACUAGCUGAGAGACCAAAAUGGAAGAAAUUCUUUCCGGAUAUUAUUAAGGCAUAUCCUUUUCCAUAUAGACUUGAUGCUGAUCCAGUCAAGACUAUUACAGAUAUGAUGAAGUUUAUUGGAUACGUCAAUACCAAAGUUUACUGGGAAAAGACGAAAUUUGUGUUCAACAGCGUGGAAGAGUAUUUGGGAUUCAUGACAGCUAUUCCUAAUCCUCUAUCAUUGAUGACACCUGAGGAACGGGAUGAUUAUUUAAAAGAAUCCGUUGAACUGGCUUACGAUCUAAAGAUCAUCCAGGAUUCCGAGGGAGAUGAAGAAACUGGUAGUCUUCUUGUGGUAUAUGGGGAGAAAUAA